AUGAGGAGACAGAUGCAGAGACAGAGACAGAGAAGGAGACAGACAGAGAAAUCAAUAGUGGGGGUAGAGAGAGAAAGAGAGAAAGAGAAAGAUAAAGAUAAAGAGAAAGAGAAGGAGAAAGAGAGAGAAAGAGAGAAAGAGAAAGAUAAAGAGAAGAGUAUGCGCUGGCAGCAGCAGCAGCAGCAGCAGCAGCAGCAGCAUCGGCAGCAUCUGCUGCAAGGAGAGUACAGAACUCUCAACAAGCCAACAGCAGCAGCAAAAUCUGUAGCAGCAGAGCGGCUGCCGCUGCUGCAGCAGCGCCAACAGCAGCAGCAGCAACAACAGCAACGCGAGCAGCAGCCGAAUAUCGCCAGUGGCUGCAAGCGGGAACUGCAGCAGCAGCAGCAGCAGCAGGAGUAUACAAUAGAGCAGCAGGAGGAAGAGGAGGAGGAGUGGGCAGCAGCAGCAGCAGCACUGCCGCAGCCUGUAGACCCCCAGGAGGAAGAGGAGGAGGAGUGGGCAGCAGCAGCAGCAGCACUGCCGCAGCCUGUAGAGGAAGAGGAGGAGGACAGCAGCAGCAGCAGCAGCAACAACAGCAACGCGAGCAGCAGCCGAAUAUCGCCAGUGGCUGCAAGCGGGAACUCUAGCCAGCAGCAGCAGCAAGCGUGUCAGCAGCAGGAUGAGCAUCUACAACAGCAGCAGCAACAGCAGCAGCAGCAGCAGCAGCAGCAGCAGGAGGAAGAGGAGGAGGACCAGCAGCAGCAGCAAGCGUGUCAGCAGCAGGAUGAGCAUCUACAACAGCAGCAACAGCAGCAGCAGCAGCAGCAGCAGCAGCAGGAGGAGGAAGAGGAGGAGGAGUGGGCAGCAGCAGCAGCAGCACUGCCGCAGCCUGUAGACCCCACAUCUCCCCCUCUUUUUCUCUUUCUCGGUGAAGAGUACAGACAGCACGAGUGGGUGCGGCUGAAGAGCCAGAGCAGCAAGGACUGGAUAGCUCAGAUCAUCGCCUACAUUCCUCCUCCUGCAGCAGCAGCAGCAGCAGCAGCAGCAGGAGCAGCAACAACAGACACAUCCUCUCCUUCCCCUUCCCCUCCCCCAACCCCACCACCACCACCAGCAGCAGGAGCAGCAGCAGCAGCAGCAGCAGGAAAGAUAGUGUGUCGUCAGUUCGAGGUAAUCCCGGCCCUUAACUUUAUCGACGUAAACCCGGUUGCUUCUAUCAAAGGAAAGCUGCAGGUAGACACGCUGCAGCAGUGGCUAGCUAGGCCCCAGUUCCCCUACUGUAUUGCCACCAGCAGCAGCAGCAGCAGCAGCAGCAGCAGCAGCAGCAGCAGCAGCAGCAGCGGCGGCGGAGGAGGAGGAAGAGAGGGAGAUGAUGAUGGGGGACUGCCACCGGCUCUUUUCUAUCGCCACGCCUUCGAUGUAGAUUGUGGCUUCAGCCCGCAGAUACCAGCAGACGCAGUGCGUUAUAAAAGAAUAAAAACACAGCAGCAACAGCAGCAGCAGCAGCAGCAGCAGCAGCAGCAGCAGCAGCAGCAGCAGGAAGAAGCAGCAGCAGAGGGGCCAGCACCGCCCAGCUCCUUCAGAAAACACAACGCAGCAAGGAACCCAGACCACCGCCUCUUCUGCUGCUGCCGCUGCAGGCAGACUCUGGGGCCCCCAGACGAUAGACAGCCCCCCAGCUGGCGCCCGGGGCCGCAGCAGCAGCAGCAGCUGCUGCUGUUCCUGCAGCAGAAACUCGCAACAGACAGCAGCACCAGCAGCAGCAGCAGUGGCAGCAGUGGCGGCGGCAGCGGCGGUAGCAGGGGCGGGGAGAGAGCGGUGUAUGAGCUGCUGCAGCGAGAAGCAACACAGCAGCUGCAGCAGCAGCAGCAGCAGCAGCAGCAGCAGCAGCAGCAGCAGAUAGAAGAAGAGAAACCUAUUUAUAUUGAGAGCCCUGAUGAGCUGCCUUUUUUGUUUAAGUUGUAUCCUAGUCAGCAAGAUAUACUUAUUUGCUGCUGGAGGUGUGCGAGGAGAGAGAGAAGAAGAGAAGCAGCAAAAGCUGCUGCUGCUGCUGCUGCUGCUGCUGCUGCUGCUGCUGGGAUCAAUCUGAAAGAACAAAAGGCUGCUGCUCACCCAAGAACUCCUGCUGCAGCAACCAGCGGCAAAAGCCGCAGCAAAAGACCAGCAGCAGCACCAGAUGGCGACGAGCAGCACGCAGCAGCAGCAGCAGCAGCAGCAGCAGGAGCUGCUCCUAGGCGGCAGCAGAAGCAGCAGCAGCGGGCGGCUCGUCGGUCUGAGUCGCAGCAGCAAGACAGCGAUGGGCUUGUGUCUACGGGUAGCGAGUACAGCUACAACAGCAGCGACCGCAGCAGCAGCAGCAGCGGCAGCAGCAGCAGCAGCAGCAGCAGCAGCAGCAACCACGGCAGUCGUGCUGCAGCUGCAGGUGGUGGGGGCAGUCACCGCAAGCGUAAGCAUGCUCAGCAGCAGCAACCCCAACAGCAGCAACAGCAGCAGCAGCAGCAAAUGCUGCUGCGCCAGCAACAGAUACUGCACCCUCACCCAACGCCCCGGCCCCCAAGCAGCACAGCCCAGAGACGGGGCCCGGUUUCUUCUGGUGAUGAUGCACCGCGAAAGACAGCAGCAGCAGCAGCAGCAGCAGCAGCAGCAGCGCGGCAUCCUGUAUUAGGGCGUGCUGCUGCUGCAUCAGGUCGUGCUGCAGCUGCAGGUGGUGGGGGCAGUCACCGCAAGCGUAAGCAUGCUCAGCAGCAGCAACCCCAACAGCAGCAACAGCAGCAGCAGCAGCAGCAGCAGCAGCAGCAGCAGCACGGGCUGCUGGGGUCCUUGGUGAGACAAAGGGACUGGCAGCAGGGGGCAGCACGCCGCCUCAAAAAGCUCGAAGAGAUAUAUUAUUUGGGUCUGAGUGAGCUGCAGCCAACGCUGCAGCUGCAGCAAGAAGCAGAUGCAGCAGCAGAAGUAGCCCGUGCUGCUGCUGCUGCAGCAGCAGCAGCAAAUGCUGCUGCGCCAGCAACAGAUACUGCACCCUCACCCAACGCCCCGGCCAGCAGCAGCAGCAACAGCAGCAGCAGCAGCAGCAGCAGCAGCAGCGGCCAGGAGGGUGUGGCUUCAGCAGCACAGUCUCCGACUGGAGCUCCAGCAGCAGCAGCAGCAGGAGGAACAGCAGCAUCAGCAGGAGAAGCUGCUGCUGCAUCUGCUGCAGCGGACGGUGAGCAGCAGCAGCAAGAACAGCAGCAGCAGCAGGAGAAGAGCGGGGGUGAGAGCCUAGGUGUAGAGGUGCUGCGAGCUCAGGUAAACAGCAGCAGCAAACGAGAAGCAGAAAGAAACAACACAAACGCAGAAAGAUACCGGGCACUGAUCAUCAUAAUACCAGCAGCAACAGCAGCAGCAGCAGCAGCAGCAGCAGCAGCAGCAAUAGCAGCAAUAGCAGCAGCAGCGGGAGCGGAAGUGGAAGCGGAAGCAGCAGUGAUGAAGAUUCUGAUAGCAGCAGCAGCAGCAACAGCAGCAACAGCAGCACAGAAGAUACACAAACAAAGACAGAUGCAAAUGCUAGCAGCAACUUAG